UGGUACACUUGUAUACGCUUAGCCUCUCAGGUAUAUUCUUUCAUUCAAGAUACAAUCUUGAACUUCUUUAAUUUUCAUCUACAAACCUAGAAUUUGAUUCUAGCUCAUUCAUAUUUGAGUACAAUUCAUUUGCAAUAGCAUAGAUGAAGGGCAAAAAUGUGGCUAAUAAGGUGGAUGAGUCGAAGAAGAGGAUAUCAAGUAGAAAAAUUGGAAAGUUUCUCAAGGAGCAGAGAGGAAGGCUUUACAUUAUGAGAAGAUGUGUAGUCAUGCUACUUUGCUGGCACGAUUAAUGGCACCAAGUCAUAUUUUAUACAUAUAUGAGAUUGGAAGACAAAAGGGAUGGGACACUAGUAGUGUUCCCUUUUGUCAGCCUCUCCUUUCAAUUGUAAAGAGAAAAGAGGAAUAUUGAGCGAGAAUAAUUAGCUAAAAAUUACAACAGUAGCAAUUUAGUUGGUAAAUUAAUCUAGUCUCUGCGAUUCGUAUAUGAUUUUAAUUAUUGCGUAACAAUGCUAGAGCUUUCGAUACUGGCUUCUUACCUUAAAUUUGUAAUGCAUUAGCCUCAUCUAGCUUUAUCAUCUA